CACGCUGCGCAGCCGUCGAGCAGAUCUCUCACGUAAGUGCACACACACGCGCCCUGAUCUCUCCAAAUGGAUGUGAUGUAUAUGUGUGUGUGUAUGUAUGUCAGGAGCUGGACAGUGUCACACACAUGGAGACGAAGGAGCCAGCGGCCUCGCCACUGUCAUCUGCCGGCAGCAUGCACUCGCUCCGGGCAGCCCUCGACGGCCUCAUGUGUGAGCACCAAGCACAGCAGCAGCAGAGGGACACCCAGAUGAGAUCCAACCCCGGCCGCAGCAACGACACCGACUCGCCUGAGGUACUUACAUGACAUUGUGCACACCGACGAUGCACACACGCUGCUUUGGUUCAUUCAUGUCAUGGUGCCUGUCCAUCCAUCCACUGUGUGUUGGUCUUCCUGUGCUUGCUGCACUAAUGCCUGCCUGCCCACAUCCCUCAGGAGUCGACUCCCGUGUGCUGCUCGCGCAAGAAGCGGGUGUGCUGUCGAAGGCGACGGCGCGCGGUGUGGGACCCCUCAAGAGCCGCCAACCGCCAGGCGACUCUCGACGAGCGCCUGACGCACCAUCUCACCAAGAUCACCGCCGUCACACGGGACAUCUUCGCGCCCCUUUGCAACGAGGAGGAGGACGACGACCUGCCAGAUCCCGUCUCAUUCGACCGCCCCCCGACAGGUACAUCUUCUGCCUCGUCUCGUGUGGCCGACGAGGCGGAGCGGCUGAUCAACGACAACCGUUGGCUGCCGGCUCUCGUCAACUCGCUGCUCUCAGCAUCGUUCUACGAGAUGUGCAACAGGCGGCUGCUGUAUACGGCCCUCUUGAGGCUGGUCCGGGAGCUGCUGACCUGGAGCAGGGCCACGCUGCCGCUGCCGUCACCGCACCAGGGAGAGCACAGCCAAAGGUGCAAUUGUGGUGGUCGUGAGGGUGAGAGGGGCCUGCUGGACAUCCUUCGCGAGCCCCACCUGGCAAGCCGCCCCGGCCACCCCCUCGUCAACGCGCUGUCCGGCCUGAGGGAGCAGGCCAAAGUGUAUCUGUCGGGCAUUGAUGUGACGGCAAACAGGAGGAGCAAGGCCGUCGGCGACCACCACCACACGACGACCAUGGACCUGGCAUCGCUGCCGCCGGUCGGUCAACGGACACCCGAAGCGUCAGCGUCAGCAUCAGCGUCAGCAUCUGGAUCGGCAGAUCUGGGCCACAAGACGGGCAAGGAGGAGUGGGCGAAGGGGAGAGACGCCUUCGUUGCGGUGUCGGUCCCACCCCAUGACGACUCCGAGGUCACCGAGUGCCGGGCGCUGGCGUCGCUCGUCAUGUCCAUUUGCCACGACUUGCUGCCCCCGGCGGUCCCCGCCCCGCCCUCCCGCUUCAUCUUCGACAUGUCCUUCAUGUCAUUCACACCGCACCGACACACCCACACCAACAGCCACAGCCACAGCAACAUGUACCACCACAGCAACACGGACAGGACCCCGAGCACCAGUGGCGCCUCGGCCACCAGUGGCAGCACCAGCACCAGGUCGUCAUCGCCACGUGUGGUAGUGUGGGGUGGGGAGGCGGCCGAGUCCGAAGCCGACAAGUACUGCCGCAUCAUGCAGCAAUUCCAGGUGGGUGCGCCACGGAGGGAGGGAGGGAGGGAUAUAUGUGACGGAGUGCACAGACAGACAGCCAGACAGGCAGACGGCAGGCACAUGUGGUUGUGUGCAUGUGGUUGUGUGUUGUCACGUGGAUGGGUGUGCGUCAGGUGGGGAGUGCGUCUUUGCUGAGCUGCCAUGCGUAUCGCAACGAGGUGCGCAAGGAGGCCGCCAGCGGCACACCCAUCCACAGCGCACGACAUGCGAGACUCCUCAAGGAAAUGGCCGGUCAGUCGUCAGCACAAUUAUCCCGCCAAGCAUCCAUCUAUUUGUUCUGCCUGCCUGCCUGUCUGCCUGCCUGCGCCCCCGGUGUGCGCAGGGUUGUCGACACUGCUGCCUCUGAACCCCUCGUCGAGCAUAUUUGUGCGUUUCGACGAGUCCAACAUCAGUUUGUGGCGGGCUCUGAUCACCGGGCCGGAGGGCACCCCGUAUGACAGCGGCGGGUUCGUCUUUGACAUCUACUGCCCCCCCAGCUACCCAUCUAUGCCGCCAAAAGUCACUCUCAUCACCACAGGUGGGGCUGGCAUGGCCAUAGACCAACCAACCAACCAACCGGCAGACAGACAGACAGACAGAUAGGCACACCAACAAACACAACACAACACAAAGGCUCUUCUGUGUGUGUGUGUGUGUGUGUCUGUGUGUGUUUUUGUUUGUGGAUGGUCACAGGCAACUAUCAGGUUUCUUUCAACCCCAAUCUGUACGUCAGCGGUCGGGUGUGCCUUUCGCUGCUCAACACCUGGGCAGGCAGAGACGAGGAGACCUGGGACCCCGUCGCCUCGACCAUCCUGCAGGUAAGUCACUGACUGAUGGAUGGAUCGAUGAUGCACGACACAACACAACGCAUCACACGCAGCUGGCCCGCCGCUCAACGGAUGCGCGUGUGUGUGUGUGUGUGUGUGUGCGAGUAGGUGUUGGUGUCCAUCCAGGCGCUCAUUUUCGUGCCGGACCCUUGGUUUAACGAACCAGUAGGCGCACACCACACCACACCACACCAGACGGACUCAGAUGGACGUACGUGACCUGUCGUGUGCUUAUGUGUAGGGUUUGGCCGUCUUCAAGCGAUGGGCAUUCGCACAGAAGUACGCACACACAGGCUUUUUCCUGCCUGCGUGUGCAAGCAGCUGUCUGUCUGUCUGUCUGUCUGUCUGUCUGUCAUUCAGGCGUUCGCUGCGCUACACCAUGAGCAUCCGGGAAUAUACUGUGGGGUGGGCCAUUCGCUGGCACAUGAGGACCGCCCCCCACACCGAGUUCGCCGACGCCCUUAACCACCACUUUGCCCUCCGCUCCCAACACAUCCUCGACACCAUCCGCCGCUGGAUCGCCGAGGCCGCCGACUUCGACAACACCUGCAGCACCAAUUCCAACGGCACCACACACAAAAGGGCAACCAAGGCGGCCAGCAGUACCACCGGCAGCAACAAGCACCGCAGCGCGCUGCCCGAGGAGCCACAACAACAUGAGACCGACGGGGUGCGGGGGGCAUCGCCGACUGGCCUGUGCCGUCACGGCAGUGGCCCAUCGGGGUCAUUGUCAGCAGCAGCUGCUGGGUGUGCUAGUCCACACAGUGGGGGGCGUGUGGGUGGUGAUGGCGAUGCGGUGGAUUGCGAUGGCGGUGGUCGGGAUCGUCACCAUGAUCAUGAUGAGUCGUAUUUGGUGUCGACGCUGCCAUUGCUGGAGGAGGGCCUCCAGCAGCUCGUCAAAGACCUACGGCUGCGGUGACUGGAGAUUUUCUUUCUUUCUGUGUGUGUGUGUGUGUGUGUGUGUACUAGUGGUAGCUCGAUUGAUUGAAUGCUCGCCAUCUAUCCUGUCAGGCCCGAUAUGUUGUGCCGGGUCCACCCACCCACCCACCCACCUGUCUGUCUGUCUGUCUUGUCGUCUUUUUUCGCGGAUGAGCAUGAUCCGAUCCGAUGGGAUCCACUUCUUGAAUGUGCCGUGGAGUCUAUGCCUUCGUUCGUCCGUGCGCGGCGUUUGAGUGGCUGCGUGUGCCUGUGUGCACACGUGUGUGUGCGUGUGUGUGUGUGUGUGGAUCGGAUAAGCAUACAUGUAUACUAUACAUGUGUUUUAUACAUCGAUGGACCCGGGUUGAAGCCCAAACCGUCUGUCGAGGUUGCGGCAUGGUGUGCUGACAAGCACUCACAGAUGUGCCACACCGCUGGCCAGUGGGGUGUAGGCCCUUGCGGAUUGCCUACUCCCCUAGCGCUCUCCCUGCCUACCUCUCUCCCUCCCUCCUGGCUGCCUGACUGCUCGAGUUCCGUCUCCUGUCGAGUUCCGGACAUGUGCAGUCCACACGUCGCUCCAACCGGCGCGCACAAGAUUAAUCCAAGGGGAACUCUCAGACUGGAUGUCCAUGGAUCAUCGCUGUGUGUGUCUGAUGUCAUGAAAGAGAACCUCCGGUUCUACCGGUGCUUAUAAUGCAAUUGGGCAAUUGGUUGGAAGAGAG